AAAGUUUGACUUCUGAGACUUAAACUUGAACUAAUGAAAGGUACAAAACACAUCAGUUCAUCAGAGACACGAACACACAAGAAUUCAGUCAUUUAAUCUUAAUUUAACGAGUCAAAGUGACGACUGACAUCACGGAAAAUCACUGGGAUCCUUUUGUUUCUGAUAUGUUGACACUUUUUAAGGAUAAAACUGUUAAUGUCAGCUCUAGUUAUCAUAUUUGGAAAAUGUAUACACAUCUCGACAUGCAGAGUUUUAUAAUAAAUUAUGUUUUUAAAUGAUUGUGGCGCUAAAUGUUGCUGGUGGCAACGCCUAAAGAUGAAUGUAAACAAAAUAAAAAAAGCGGGAAACAAACCAGUAAUUAACACUAUAAACACUAUCAGACACAUAUUAUGAUAUAUAUUAAAAACUUAAUGAACACAUAUUAAUGUCAGACAUGUUAAAACACUGAAAAGGAGCAUAAAAUAGAUAUUAGUACAGUAAUACAGUUUAUACACAUCCAGUCCAGUUUAAAUGAAUAUAAUGACAAACAAAGUGUGUAAAAAUGAAUUAAUAUGGUUUGUAUAGGUAGUAAUUAUUAACUAUUCAGACCUCUUAUGUUUAUAUGAAAGUGUCAUUGAGCUAUAGCGAUUUAAAUGCAAAUUAAACAAGCUUUAAUGUUACAUGUUAUAUCAACACGGAUGUUGUUGUUUGGCAUUUUAAUAAUUUUAACAUUAUUUUUUAACGUCACGACUCUGUUUUAUAAUCAUGUUUUAACCGUCUUAAAGUAAAUAUUUACUGUCUUCUUUGUCUAAAUUUAAGAUGUUGCGUAAAGGCUAAUUUUUAUGGUUUUGUAACACAGGUUUUUGGAGACGUUUUGUAACCCCGCACAAACAAAGCCUGUUUGAAUUUCCCUCGCAGCUGUUCCUGUUCAGGAGUCAAAACUGAUUGGUUGCGUCAUUACGUCAGUUCGAGUGUCACGUGACCGCCGCUCGUAAUGAUUGGUUGCGUCGUUACGUCAGUUUAAAGAGCUGGCCCGAGCUGCGUUCCUAUUGGUCCGCUGCGUUCUAAGCGCCAAGUUCGGAAUAUAAAAAGGCGAACAGACAACAAAAAGCGCUCCAGUCACUGUUCGUCUGUCUGCCGCCUGUUAGUUUACCUCCUCUAGUCUCUGUUUUAACUUUUUAUAUCUUAUUAACUUAUCUUUUAUUUAUUUAGUCCGUCUUGAAAACCAGAAAGGAAUCAAAAUGCUUACUACUCGCUCUCCGCUUUCCGUCAAGAAUGAGAACAAACUCAGCAGCGAGAUCAGGAACAUGUCGCUGGACAAAGAAAACACGCCUCCCAGCCUGAACAACACGCGGAUCUUGGCGUCAAAAACCGCGCGAAAAAUCUUCGACGAUGUUGCGCCCAAAGCCGAGAAGAGCAACGUGGAAGAAGAGCCGCUGCUGAAGGAAAAUCUGCGUCGCUUCGUCAUCUUCCCCAUCCAGUACCACGACAUCUGGCAGAUGUACAAGAAGGCCGAGGCGUCUUUCUGGACCGCAGAGGAGGUGGAUCUGUCCAAGGACCUGCAGCACUGGGAGUCUCUGAAGGACGAGGAGAGGUACUUCAUCUCUCACGUGUUGGCUUUCUUUGCCGCCAGCGAUGGCAUCGUCAACGAGAACCUGGUGGAGCGCUUCACACAGGAAGUGCAGGUGACGGAGGCCAGGUGUUUCUAUGGUUUCCAGAUCGCCAUGGAGAACAUCCACUCAGAGAUGUACAGCCUCCUCAUCGACACGUACAUCAAGGACGCCAAAGAGAGAGAUUACCUCUUCAACGCCGUGGAGACGCUGCCAUGUGUGAAGAAGAAGGCUGACUGGGCCAUCAACUGGAUCAGCAACAAGAACGCAAACUUCGGAGAGCGUGUGGUGGCCUUCGCUGCCGUGGAGGGAAUCUUCUUCUCCGGUUCCUUCGCUGCCAUCUUCUGGCUGAAGAAGCGAGGCCUGAUGCCCGGCCUGACCUUCUCCAACGAGCUCAUCAGCAGAGACGAGGGUCUGCACUGUGACUUCGCCUGUCUGAUGUUCAAACAUCUGCUGAACAAACCAUCUGAGGAGACCGUGACCAGCAUCAUCAAGAACGCCGUGGCGAUCGAACAGGAGUUCCUGACCGAGGCUCUGCCAGUGAAGCUGAUCGGGAUGAACUGUGAGCUGAUGAAGCAGUACAUCGAGUUCGUAGCCGACAGACUGCUGCUGGAGCUCGGCUUCUCAAAGAUCUACCGGGUGGAGAACCCCUUCGACUUCAUGGAGAACAUCUCUCUGGAGGGAAAGACCAACUUCUUUGAGAAGCGAGUGGGCGAGUACCAGAGGAUGGGCGUGAUGUCCGGCACCACAGACAACACCUUCAGACUGGACGCUGACUUCUAAAGCUCAGAGGCAGACGGACACACUCAAACUCACACUCUCAGUCGAUUCCCUCUUGCUGAGGAGGAGCGUCGACUCUGAACUGACUUUGUCUUACAGGACCUAUUUAAUGCGUCUCAGGCUGCUGGCUGUUAGCUGACACGAAGGUUAAAGUAUUAAACAAGCUUUUCAGCCAGUCAGAAUGCAGACGAAUGCACUGCAGCCUGGAGAUCUGCCCAAACUAAUCAGAUGUAUUGAUUAUUAAUACUGACUGUUUGGAUCAGAACUCUGGUUUUAUAUUUGGUUUUUUGGUGCUUUUUUGUAUGUAAUAUAACUUACUGUAGAUUUUUUUUUUUUAUAAAUUGUAUAUGCUUGUAAUGUUGUAGUUUACAUUUG